AUGACCAACCUCGCCUUAAUUGGUCGUAUUGUUCUUCGCAAUGCUUUGGAGUUAGGCAACCUUGAUGUCAUAGCCAUAAACGAUCCAUUCCUUUCUCUAGACUAUAUGGUUUACUUGUUCAAGUAUGACUCGGUACACGGGCGCUACAAAGACCCUGUGGAAGCAAAAGACGGGAAACUGUACAUCAACGAAAGGCCUUUGCACGUCUUUAACGAGAAAAACCCUGCCGCUAUCAAAUGGGGCUCCGUCGGCGUUGAAUAUAUUGUCGAGUCGACUGGGAUCUUCACUACGAUUGAUGAAGCCCAAGCCCAUUUGAAAGGCGGGGCGAAGAAAGUAGUUAUCACUGCUCUAUCCGACGACGCACCAAUGUAUGUCUAUGGUAUCAACCACAAAGAGUACAAAGGGGAAAUUGAUAUCGUCUCCAAUGCAUCGUGUACGACCAACUGUCUUGCACCUCUUGCUAAGAUCGUGAAUGAUAAAUUCGGCAUCAUCGAAGGGUUAAUGACUGCCGCCCAUGCGACAACUGGGACAUACAAAACGAUGGACGUGUCGUUUCAAAAAGACACCUUGUACGAUACCAGUGGAUGUAGCGCAAACAGCAGCUCCAUUCCAUCAUCAUCCACUGGGGCUGCCAAAGCAGUUGGAAAAAUUAUCCCAGAAUUGAAAGGAAGAUUAAAUGGAGUAUCCUUUCGCCUCCCGAUUAUUGAUGCCUCCGUCGUUGAUCUUGUUGUCCGAACUAGGAUCCCAAUGACAGAAGAAGAAGUCAUCGACACGUUCAGACAGGCUGCUGAAAGCCCAGAAUAUAAAGGCAUUAUGGGCUUUGUCAACGAGCCGCUCGUCUCGUCGGACUUUGUUGGCAGCAACUACUCUUCGAUUUUUGACGCUCAGUCAUGUCUCGUGAUGAACGACAACUAUGUGAAGAUGCUUUCUUGGUACGAUAAUGAGUGGGGGUAUUCCCGUCGUGUCUGCGAUUUGGUUGCCUAUAUUUCCAGUGUCACGCCGGAAUAA